UAGUCCUGGAGGGCAAAAAAUCUUUAGAAAAAUCCCCAACAAAAUCUAGGUUUGCCUUUCUCCUCAGUCCUCUUCAUCUUAUCCUCUGUCCCUCCUCUAAACCCUUCUACUCGAAACCCUUCCUUAGAGAGGCAUAGAGAAAUGUCCUGUGCAAUCAAGCCAAUAAUAAAGCCUUCAUCCAUGGCAACUAACAGUUGCCUCAUUUCUCUUCCUCCCCUCUUUGCCACCACCACAAAAUCCAAAUCUUUUUCCUACCCACAUCUUUCAAACACAUUAAAACCCAUUAAACUCCUCCACCUUUCUUGCUCUUAUUCUCCUUCAUCACUUCCCUUUAUCUUAUCCCUCAAAAAGAAAACAUCAGUUUCUGCACUGCAAGAAGAAGAAAACACCCUUAUACUUGACGGCCAAGAACAGGAAUCUGGAGACUUGUUUAACUUUGAAGCUAGUGGUGAAGAAACAGAAGAAGAAGGGUUUGUAGAGGCAGUUGAAGAUGCUGGGGAGAGUGAUGAGGUUGAAGCAGAAGAGGAGGAGGAGGAGUUUCAAGAACCACCUGAAGAUGCUAAGUUGUUUGUUGGGAAUUUACCUUAUGAUGUAGACAGUGAAGGGCUGGCUCGGCUUUUUGAGCAGGCUGGUGUUGUUGAGAUUGCUGAG